UGGAAGAGAAGAUAAAAGGAUAAGAUUACCCAGGCCAUUCCUUCGUUGCAGCCGUUCCAGGUACCGAACGGAACAAGAUGGAAACCAAACUGCUUCCCUCUCUCUCUUCAAAAUCACCACCGUCUCUACAGAGGAAAUUUGGACCAGCCCAAAUUUUCCUUCACGCUGCUCCCCGCAGUCCACUAUUCCUAAGGGCUGCCACAGGACCCAGCAGCAGCAGAAGUGACAACGCUGGUGACACACCACCACCACCACCACCGGUUAUGCCAGCUGUAACGCCACCAGACACUGUUGAGAUAAGGUUCAGACGAGGUUCAAGAAGAAGAUCCAAACAGUUACAGCAGGACCGCAAAAACAGUAGCAGCGGUGGUGGAGGUGGACUGCCCAAGACACCUAGUCCUCCCAAGGACUGGGAAUCCAUGACCAUGGCCGAGAAGGCGGUGGAGCUGUACAUGGGUGAGAAGGGUCUGCUCUUUUGGCUCAACAAGUUCGCCUACGCCUCCAUUUUCAUUAUAAUUGGGGCAUGGAUCCUAUUCCGUUUCGUUGGUCCGUCGCUUGGCCUCUACCAACUUGAUCCAGUACCUUUGUCCCCCAAAAAUUCAUCUUAAUAAACAAACGAAUUGAAGAUGAACAAGCUAUAAAAAAAAAAAAUUAAGU